CGGGGCGGCACCGGCUUCGGCAUGGCGGAGGUGGACCUAGAGUCAGAUCAGAUUCGACUGAAGUGUAUCCGUAAGGAAGGUUUCUUCACUGUGCCUCCAGAACACAGGGUUUCCUCACAAGUAAGAAGUUGUGACUGCAUGUUGGAGGCAGGAUCCUUCUCCACAGAGGCCAUUUGUUACUAGACAGCAGACAUCUGGAACACCGAAUUGGAGGGAGUAAUUAGGUCUCUUUCAAUACUUCAGAGUGGUUCCAGUGUCUUUCUUCCCCUCUGCUCAUCAGGAAAUUCCAACUUGGAAGAUGCCGGAGCGUUAAGGAGUUUGAGAAGCUGAACCGAAUUGGCGAGGGCACCUAUGGCAUCGUGUAUCGGGCCCGGGAUACCCAGACAGAUGAAAUUGUUGCCCUGAAGAAGGUGCGGAUGGACAAAGAAAAAGAUGCCAGAGCUUGAGCUCCCUGAGCCCCGCCAGACUUUCCCUGCCUUGGCGAACUGUGAAACUGUACAUUCUCUCCAAACCCUGUGGCCCCUGUCCUCUGGCAUUCCCAUCAGCAGCCUGCGUGAGAUCACACUGCUCUUGCGUCUCCGCCAUCCAAACAUUGUGGAGCUGAAGGAGGUGGUUGUGGGCAGCCACCUGGAGAGCAUCUUCCUGGUGAUGGGUUACUGUGAACAAGAUCUGGCCAGCCUAUUGGAAAAUAUGCCAACACCCUUCUCUGAGGCCCAGGUUAAAUGCAUCAUGCUACAGGUGCUUCGUGGCCUUCAGUACCUGCACAGGAACUUCAUCAUCCACAGGGAUCUGAAGGUGUCCAACUUGCUCAUGACAGAUAAGGGCUGUGUAAAGACAGCGGAUUUUGGCCUGGCUCGGGCCUAUGGUGUUCCAGUAAAGCCAAUGACUCCCAAGGUUGUUACCCUCUGGUACCGAGCCCCAGAGCUGCUGCUUGGAACUACUACCCAGACUACCAGCAUUGACAUGUGGGCUGUUGGCUGCAUCCUGGCAGAGCUGCUGGCCCAUAAACCCCUUCUCCCUGGCACUUCCGAGAUCCACCAGAUCGACUUGAUUGUACAGCUGCUGGGGACACCGAGUGAGACUAUCUGGCCGGGUUUUUCCAAGCUGCCGCUGGCUGGCCAGUAUAGCUUGAGGAAACAGCCCUACAACAAUCUCAAGCACAAGUUCCCGUGGCUCUCAGAGGCCGGACUUCGUCUGCUCAAUUUCCUCUUCAUGUAUGACCCUAAGAAAAGGGCAACUGCGGGGGACUGUCUGGAGAGCUCCUACUUCAAAGAGAAGCCCCUACCCUGCGAACCGGAACUCAUGCCCACCUUCCCCCACCACCGCAAUAAGCGUGCCGCCCCAGCUGCCGCUGAGGGGCAGAGCAAACGAUGCAAGCCCUGAUGGUGGGUCCAGCCCAUCCCUACACAUCCUCAUGGAGCAGUCGGCAGACUGGGAGGGCCCUCCAGGCCAAGAUGCCUUCGGCCCCUCCAGCCAACAUCUUCAGAUGACUCCUCCCUGCUACCCUCUGUGCCCAGACGCAAGUAGAUUGUGGACAGGGGUGUUGCCGACUGGGGACACACAGCUCAGACUGGACUGUUGUAGCGCCAUCUGGUGGGCAGCUACUCGUGGCAGCCUCGUCUGUCAGUGAAGCUGUGCUUCUGGGGAGGCAGGGCUAGUGCUGAGCGGCCUAAAGGUCCGCAUCAGUGGAGUGCUGGAACUGGAGCUGGGCCUUAGCCUGGAGUGAGCAGGCCCAGGAGACCGUGCUGUUCCUGCUUGGUCACCAGGAGAUGCCCGGGACAGACAGGCUAUCGUGACCCUGGGCAGGGAUGGUGGGCUUCAGGUGGGAGGGAGGGAGGCAGCAAGUGUUGGUUGGGGCCAUGAUAGGAUACUUUUAAGACUGUCAGAAUGAGAGCCCUUGGUGGACGUGACUGGCGCUGAUACCCAGGGGAAGAAUUGGUGGGCCCCUUUUCCAGGGGUGGAGAGAUAAAAAGCCUUUCCAAUA